AAAUAACGCCAGGAGGAGACUGAUGCGAAAAACAAGAAGGAGCAAACGACAAGGACCAUAAACGAUCUGCCAAAACAACGAGACCACCUACAGACUGGGAUUGGGAUUUUAAACCCUUUUACGCACGAGCGUCAGUCUUAAUUUCAGGUUCAGGAGGAGGAACAGCAAGAAUGCCCCCCCUGUAGCCCCCCGUGGUAUUAUGCAGGGUGGAAGGGGGGCUGCGAGCAUCUGCUUGGAUCAGAUCAUCACAGUUCUGACAGCAUCCAGCGCGAGGAGAGCCCAGCAUGGUGGAUCCACUGGAGCCUGAGGACCAGAGUAAGAUCAGGGGCCCACAGUUUGAGACCCCCACUGCAGCCUCGGAAGCCCCUUGUCUACCUGAGCAAGGUGAAAAUGGAGAAAAGGAUGAGGUUGUUGAGGAAAGACCAAAAGAAAAAGAAAAAGAAGAACCAACAGUCGAGCCUGAGCAGAGUCCUCCAGUCAGCCAGCCACAGAACAGUGAACCCGAACACCCCAAGCUCCAUCUGGACCUGUACAACUUUGACUCCCCGGCUGCAGAGGGUAGUCGCUAUGUGCUCACCAGCCCUCGUUCGCUGGAGGCAUGUGCACGAUGUGGAGUCAAACCCGUGGAACUUCUGUCUCGGCCGCUGUCCGAUUUUGCACGUGAAGCUCCUGGGCGUAGCAUGCGUGUCGCAACAGGGAUGUUUGAGGUGUACGAAAGGGACAGGCAUUCCAAACUCAGACAGUGCAGAGAGGAAAGAGAGAGGAUAGUACAAGAGGAGAAGAGAAGGAUCCUACAAGCAGCACUCAACAACAACAGCAGCAGCAGCGGCAGCAGCAGAUCACUGGCUUCAGAGAAGCCUCAAAAUACUACAGUCAAUGCUGAAUUAUCCCAGCAAAGCAGCCAUGUUUCCAGCAGCUCUGGCCCCGGCCCCAAAAUGCUACCUGCAAGCAGUGGCCCACCAAAAACACAAAUCACAUCAACUUCACGUCCCGCCUCAAAAAACACACCUCAAAGUUCAGAAGAGUUGUCAAAGAUGUCCACCUCAUGUACAAGCUCCUCCCCAAAAUCUAGUCCAACUCAACCCAUCAAAGCUAGUCCAGCAAGUUCUGCACCCACUGUUAGAGCGACAUCUGUAAAACAGUCUAAGCCACUCGCUACAGAAGCUGCUGGAAAAUCUCAAGGAUCCAUAUCUUCAAAACAGGUUCAGUCAACUUCAGUCUCCAAAAAGACUCCUAGCACCACAACAAAGUCUGCAAAUACCUUUCCCCGAUCAACACCAAAGCCCUCCUCUUUUCCAAGGACGUCAGCAUCGCUGGCCCCAGUCGUUUCAAAGUCUGCAGCUCAGAGUCCUGCUAAUGGCGUCACCAGUCCAUUUGCUCAGCACAACGGGCACAUUAUGCCCAGGUCAAGAGUAAGAGAGAGAAGCCACUCUUUAGAGUCCUUACAAAGAAGACGAGAACCGCCAAGCUCCUCUACUACUUCGACCACAACCACAGCUACGACCACAUGUGCCUCCUCAGAGUCUGCAUCCUCUUCUUACAGCUGGGAUGGGACACGGGACUAUUGGGGUAAAAGCUCCAGCCCUCGUGCUCGCACCUUAGCUACCUUUAACUCUCUGAUGGGCCGAAGCCUAAGCUUGGGAGACCUAAGCCACUCUCCACAGACCACACAGAAAGUGGAGCGCAUCGUUAAAGAGGUCAAGCGACGAGGCCUUAAGGCCGUGCCAGAGCGUGACCGCAAGAUUGCAGCACUAAUGCUGGCGAGAUACCAAGAGGAAGAUAUCAUGAGUCAGACACGCUAUGUCGCACAUCUGCAGUGGGACAGCGAACGGCGGCUGGAGGAGCUGCGACGUGAACGCGAGGAACGAGAAAAACAGCGGGUUAUGCUCCAGUGCCAGAGAGCCUGGCAAUCCCAAGUUUCUACGAGGCAGAGACGACUCAGUCAGCAAGAACGGGAGGCAGCUGCAGCCAAGUUACGUCAAGUGUCAGAGAGUGAGGUGCGCUGGAAAGAGCUAGCCGAGCAGCAGGAGCGAAGCAGGCUGCAGAGACUUCAGCAGGCUGCUCGUGAAGAGAAGCAGAAGAAGACAGCACAAGAGCAGAACCUCAAAACCAUGGAAGAAGAGCGAGCUGCCAUGGUGGAACAAGAGAAGCUGCUUCUCAAGGAGAAGCUGACCAUCGCGGAAUUGAAGAGGCAGGAGCGAGAGCACCAGAUCCAGGAGGAACGCCGCGGGCUCAAUCGUGCAGAGAAGAGGCGCCAUGCGGCCCUCAUCCAGGAGAUAGCACGGCGUGAGGUGGACGAGCGCGAGGAAGCUCGUAGGGUGGCGGAAGAGAAGCUGAACCGCUCACAGGAGAACUAUCAGCAGAUCCAGGAGCGGCGAGAGCAGGAGCUGCGUGAGAAAGCCAAGAAAGAGGAGCAGCAGAGCCAGAAAGCGAGAAAAGCAGCAGAGCGUCGUGAGAAGCAACUGAAAGAACAGAUGGAGGCUCGGGCGAGAGAGGCUGAGAAGCGUGCACAGCAGGCUGCAUUGGUGGCUGAAGAGCGGGCCAAAGAGAAGGCCCAGCGUGCAAUACAAAGCAGGAUGGAGAAGGAGCGUCUUCAGAGGCUGAAUCGUCAAAAGGUGGAAGAAGAAGAGCAGCAGAGGCGCCUAGAGCUUCUGCAGUCCAUUGAACGCAAACUGGAAAAAAGUGAACAGAUUUUCCGUGAAAAACGAGCCGUGUUAGAAAGUGCCAGGUCUGUGGCACGGGCCUCCUUCCAUGUGAGGGACCGAGUGCGAGAAGAAACGAACAUGCGUACUUUCGACAAGAUGGUGCUGGAGGCACAGCUAAAGGCUAGUUUGGAUGAAAAGUGAGAUGCCCUAACUGUUUACCAACCCCAUCUACCUGCUGCUGGUAAUGAGCUGCUUGAGCCUCCAUUGGUAGGCCCACAGCAUUGCUGGAUAUCUCCUCAAAUGUCAUAUCUCAAGUUAAAUAAAGUCAUAAUUUCUUUCCCAAUUUGCUGAACCAACAUAUCAUGUAUGAAAUAUCCUUCCCUUAUUUUUAUGACCUGGAGUUUGGCCUUGUGGUUGUCUGUGGAUGACUUGUUUCCUGGGACAUGCCUGUGUGUUUUCUUUACCCUUAUUUUUUUUUGCAAGUUGGCAAGUAGCCAUGCUGAACCAAGGACUUUUCCCUGUCUGUGGAUCACUUUUUACAUCUUUGAUGGCUUUUUUUUGUGUUAAAUGUGGAACAAAAGUGAAUGCAGACUGCUUUGUCAGACCGAACUGCUGGAUGAAUUCCUAGAGACUUUGGUUGCUAAAAUCUCUGCUGAGCGUAUACCGUGAAUUGCCUGUGUGUGUUAUACAACGCUGAAGUGCUGACAAAGCGGGUCUUCAGUGGUGACAUGGCAAAGAGUGAUCUCAGCACAGUCCAGCUGCUGAUGAAGCAGUGGAGCCUUGGUUCUGCAUCAGGGCUCUUGAGCCUGCGCUGCCGUUCUGCAUUCUAUCAAAAUCAGGCUACAUGUUUCUACAGGAGUGGCGAUGAUGAUGAUGAUGAUGAUGAAGAUGGCAUCCAUCGACUCAUCUCACAGACUCUUCCCUGACAGUGCACCCACAUGCCGGCGUUCCCACGUUCUUCUCCCUUAUAACUGGUGAUUUUUGAGUUAAGCGUGACUUAUUUGUGACUUUAUCAAGCAUUAACAUGGUAUAUAUAUAUAUUUUUUGGAGUACAAAUAUCAGUCAUUGACAUGAAGGGUACAGGAAAAAUAAUGGAAAUACAUCUUUACAUCUGUAUAUUACCAUCUACAUUAAUUUCUGUAUUUGUGUUACAGUUUUGAGGAUGGCCAACUGAAAGCAAAAUAGUGGUGCUUGGUUAAAAAUGUAUAAUGUAAAAUAAGAUUUCAUAUCAUAUCAUAGUUAUGCUAUUGCUUUAAAAAAUAUUUAUAUUUGGUAGUGCAGGGUAGAGCAAAACUAAAAGGUGCAAAAAAAUAUUUACAUAUCUUAACAUAUAUCAUCUUAUGAAUAAAACAGUUAAAAACCAAAGGAAUGUUAAUAAAAAUAAAAAAACAAAAUUCUCCUUAUGGCUGAAAUUGUUAUAUGAGGCACAGUAGCUAGGGUGGAUUAUUAGCUGUAUCAUUAGCCUGACACAUUGCAGUAUUAUUACAGGUGUGUGUGUCAGGAGAGGUGCUAUACUUUUUGGCCCAGCACCACAGUUUUGCUCCUUUUGUUGUUGCUGAAGCUCAUUUAGUGUAAAAUGAUUAAACUCUUCAGCUUUUACCAUCACAGCAAAACCAUAUGAGGGCACAAGCAGCAGCGCACAGAUUAAUGUAUUUACAAUUACAACCAACAGUACUGUUUUUUUUCUUUUGUUGACAGAAUACAGUGUAUGAAUGAUGGAGGAAAAUAAACUCAGACCUUUUCCAUGAGUGCUAUUA